AUGAGGAUUGUCUCCGGUUACACCACCUUUAUCGCCGUAUUGGCGGUGGCGCUCACCGUGGCGUCCUAUUCUGAAGCGAAGGCCACGCAGAAGCCCAAAUACCAGUACACGAAGAAGCCCAUCGCCCAAGUCACCACGCGCAGUCCUCCAACCACAAGCGUGUCUAAGACUCUGAAGGUUGUGGACAACAAAAGUCCCGCGGAGCCCUUCCUGUCGGCUACCACAGACAGGACCACCUACCCAAACGAUGUCUUCCCCGAGUACUAUACAGACAGCACCGCCCCCGCUGGUUUUGGGCAGGAGAAUUACACCCUGGAUUACAACGAGUGCUACUUCAACUUCUGCGAGUGCUGCCCACCUGAGCAAGGCCCCAAGGGGCCAAAGGGAGACAGCGGGCCAGCAGGUGCACCUGGUGAGAAAGGCGAGCCAGGGCCGGGUGGUUCACCUGGACUGCAGGGUCUGAAAGGCACCGCGGGUUCAAAAGGAGACAAGGGAGAUAAAGGCAACCAAGGAAAUGCCGGGAUGGCUGGGACACCAGGAGUUCCAGGGAAACCAGGACAAAAAGGUGACCUCGGCGCCAAAGGUGAGAGGGGGGAAAUAGGAUUGCGCGGAGUCAAAGGGGACACUGGGCAGACAGGUGAGCAUGGCCGGAGCGGAACAGCUGGAGAGAAAGGAGAACCUGGAGAAGAAGGGCCGUCCGGACCUCCAGGACUGGCUGGGGAGCAGGGUGUUAAGGGAGACAAAGGUGACAGAGGGGAGUGUGGCACAUUCGGGGAGAGGGGGCAGAAGGGUGAUCGAGGGGACCCCGGGCCCUCGGGUAUACCGGGAGCAAUGGGUAUUCCGGGAUUGAAUGGCAAGUACGGUCUCCCCGGUCCGGCGGGCAUUCGAGGGGAUCAAGGACCUCCUGGACCUCAGGGAGAACCUGGGGUGAGAGGCCCACAGGGACCCCAGGGAAUAAGAGGGGUGUUUGGGCCGAAGGGGGACCGGGGUUACCCUGGGAUGAGAGGGGAGCGUGGCCCCAGAGGCAUGAAAGGAGCCAAGGGGUCCGGAGUCCCACAGAAACGCUCCGCCUUCAGCGUUGGCAUCUCCCCGAGCAAAUCUUUCCCUCCCUCGGGCCUCCCCAUCCGCUUCGACAAAGUCUUCCACAACGAGGAAAAUCAUUUCAACCUCUCCUCAAACAGCUUCACGUGUGUCCACGCCGGGGUUUACGUCUUCUCCUUUCACAUCACCGUCCGCAACCGGCCGCUACGCGCCACCCUGGUGGUGAACGGCUCGCGGCGUGUCCGGACGCGUGACUCGCUCUACGGUCAAGAUAUCGACCAGGCGUCCAUGCUGCUGCUUCUGCGGCUGGCGGCAGGCGACCAGGUUUGGCUGGAGACGCUGAGAGACUGGAACGGGGCGUAUGCCAGCAGUGAGGAUGACAGCAUCUUUUCCGGAUUCCUGCUGUACUCUGACCAGGCGUGA